UGACAAAUGCUCAUCUAUACAUGUACAUUCCAAAUUUCCAAUGCAUCAUUCCCUCACUGCAGGUGGCUAGUGAAGAAAGGGAAGAGCAAGAAAGCAGAUAAGACCCUCCACAGGUUACGUAAGGACUACACUGAGGAAGAGAUAAAGGAAGAACUGAACGACAUUGAGUUUACUGUACUGAACUCAAACGAUUCUUUAAUGGACGUAUUUGCUGAAGUAUUUAGAUGGAGGAUACUAAAAAGGAUACUGUUGGGAGUUAUACUGCAAAAGUUUCAGCAAUUGACUGAAAUGAAUGUCAUCAUCCUUCCACAGUAUCUGAGCAAGGGAUUUAGAGAGGGGCUCCUUCCGCUCCUUUCGAUUAAUAAAAGGUCUAAAAAGAAGGGAAGACAAGCUUAUAUACCCGAAAGGAAGGAUAUGACAUUACAUUGCAUCAGUAGAUCUACCGGCACCAUUUGUUCCAUCAGCAAAUAACAUAUUCUUUAUGAUGUAUGACUGGACACAAGCUAACACUCCACAAGGGCCACCCAAGGAGAGAGAAGGUAGAAAAUUACCAAUGAAGACUGAUGAAUUGCUGGUUCUCUAUCUCCUCACCACUUCCUUGGUAGACAAGAUCCAGUUUAUUACUCUUGCUCUGCAGGCUAACUUGAGCAAGGUCAUUAAUAGAGUCAAGGAUAUGGAUGGAUUCCGCCGUACAAUGAACCUGUCAUUGGUAAAGGAUGAACAGAGCAAUGGGUCACUUAACUGUGGGGGUACAGACACCAACGAGAAUGCACUACUGGGCCUAGUAGUGUCCUUAUUUUCCAUUGGUUGUUUCAUUGGUGCUUUAGUCUCAGGAGCAUUGUCUGAUCCAAUUGGUCGGAAGCUAUCAAUCAUUGUGGGAGGAGUAGUCUUUUUUAUUGGUGGUGCCUUGCAAGCAUCCUCUUUUAAUUUAUGGAUGGUAUUGGUUGGUCGAAUGGUUGCUGGAAUUGGUGUAGGUAUAUUGAGUAUGAUUGUUCCUGUAUAUAAUGCUGAGCUGGCACCAAAGACUUUAAGAGGAAGGCUAGUCUCAUUGAACCAGCUCUUCAUCACAGCUGGCAUAAUGACGGCCGGUACAUUCUACAUACUGGCAGGGUUUCUCUUUGCCUCAUUUUUAUUUGUGUUGCUAACACUUCCUGAAACAAAAGGAGAGAGUCUAGAGAGAAUUGAUGAAUUGUUUCUGAGGCCAUGGCUACAGAGGAUUAACCUAUUCUACUAUCUGAGGUGUUGUUGUCCAUGGUCUAAUGCUUGUAGGGUAAGGACUGCACAAGAAGAGAACACUGUAGCCAUUGUUGGUAUAAAGAAUGAGAACAAAGAUGAUACGAGUGAUGAGGCUGAAGAUGAGUGA